AAACAUUCGUUGUCAUUCCUAAAAAUUAAUAAAUCAACAUCAUCAUCAAAUCAAUAUAAUAAUUCAAACAAUUCAUUUUCAAAUUAUAAAUCUUUCUCUAAUUCCACAACACAUCCUCAAAUAACAGUUACCACUACCACAAAUUCACAUGUUACUUACACCAAUACUUCAUCAAAUUCUUAUUAUACUCAUCAUCGAAAUCAUAAUUCUUCUUCUUCAUUUAAUCCAUCAAUCAUUCGAACAACUUCAGCGAUGAUGAUUUAUUAUGACACUAAAACAAAUUCUCAAAUUCCACAAGAAAUGAUUCAAAGUUUGGAAAAAAUAUGUGGAGAAUCAAUAUUUAACACUUUAAUAAAGACUCAAAUUUGUUAUGUACAUGAAGAUCUGGGUAGUGUUUGGAAUUUAGAUAAUUUUGAAAAUGCGGGAAGAUAUAGUAUUGACGUGGCGAGUGAAAGAAGAUCCAGAACUUUUGAUGUUAAUCACGUUAAUCAUAAUAAAAUUGGAAAGAUAUUUGGUGGAGCGGGAGGAAAUAAAUUCGAGGAUAAUGAAACGGGAAGAUAUAGUAUUGAUGUGGUAAGGAAUGGAGAUGUAAGAGGAUAUGUGAGCUUUAAUUCUCGGGUGGGGAAUAGUGAUAAUGGAUCUAAUAAAGAAAAUAAUGGACAUAAUCCUAAAUAUUUUUCUUUCUUGGUAAUUCCUCUGCUUCUCCCUCUCCCUCUUUAUAAGAAUUAUAAUCCACACUAG